AUGACACACACACUUCAAAUUUUCUUUUAACAAAGUUAGUAAUAAAUUCAAUUUCUUCAUUCUCAUUUCUUUGAUCAUCUCAUCAUUAAUUUAUUACAACAAAAAUAAAAAUAAAAAUAAAAUCAUCAUCAUUCAUCAAUUCAUAUUCAUAUAUUUAUAUAUAUAUAACAAUUCAACAACAAUAUUCGCAAUCUCUACACUGUAAACAUUUCGAAUUAUGGCAUCAUUUUGCCGGCAGUUACCCGACGCCGGCGCGAUCACAUUACCCGGCGGUGUUCGGUUCCGGCGGCCGGAGGUGAUCGCCGGGACUUUCAAUGUCAGAUAUGGAUAUUCCCUUCGGCAUACGAGGAUGUUGAGAAUGAAGUUGACGGUGGUCGGUGCCGCCGUAUACGGCGGCGUACGGCGGAGGAAGGAGAAGGUGGGACCAUGCAAUUAUGCGGUGGAGGAUGGGAGUGUUGGAAAUGAUGAUGUGGUAGGGAGGAGUGGGAAUAGAGCGGCGGAGGUGGCGGUGGCCACCGCUGCAACGGUGGUGUUGGGUGUCGGAAACAGAGUUCUUUAUAAAUUGGCUUUGGUUCCUUUGAAACAAUAUCCUUUCUUUCUUGCACAACUUUCCACUUUCGGAUAUGUGAUUGUAUACUUUGGCAUUAUGUAUAUUCGGCACCGUGCCGGCAUUGUUACCGAUGAGAUGUUAAGUUUGCCAAAGACUCCAUUUGUUGUUAUUGGUCUUCUGGAGGCUCUUGCUGCUGCUACUGGAAUGGCUGCAGGAGCAAUUCUCUCGGGAGCUUCAAUUCCAAUUUUGUCUCAGACCUUUCUAGUGUGGCAAAUUCUUCUGUCAAUUAUUUUUCUUGGGAGAAGAUAUAAAGUCAAUCACCUAGUUGGAUGCUUUCUUGUCACUAUUGGUGUAGUUGUUACUGUAACAAGUGGAGCUGAUGCUGGAAAUUCAUUAAAGGAUGGUGGUUUAUUUUGGAGUCUUUUGAUGAUCAUUUCAUUUUUACUCCAAGCAGCUGAUACCGUGCUCAAGGAGCUAAUCUUUUUGGAUGCCAACAGAAAACUGAAGGGAGGCUCUGUGGAUCUGUUUGUUGUCAACUCAUAUGGAUCUGCAUUCCAAGCACUAUUCAUAUGCCUUCUUCUCCCCUUCUUGUCAAAGUUAUGGGGCGUUCCCUUCAGUCAACUACCAAACUACUUAAAAGAUGGUGCAGCAUGCUUCCUAAAUGUUGGUACAUUAUCAAGUGGAUGUGAUGGUGCACCUCUGCUACCAAUUCUGUUUAUCAUUGUAAACAUUGGUUUCAAUAUUGCAUUGCUUCAUCUCCUCAAGAUCUCUUCGGCUGUUGUAUCGUGUCUUGCUUCCACAUUUUCAGUUCCAAUAUCAAUCUAUGUGUUCACACUGCCAUUGCCAUACCUUGGUAUUGCCUCCUCUCUUCCCACAGGCUUCGUGGCAGGGGCCAUCAUUCUCAUUAUUGGCUUACUCUUUUAUGCAUGGACCCCUUCAAAUGGUUCCUCAGGUGCUUCUUUCUCAGAGGCUUCCACCUAGAGAAGCUACGAUGCUUCGAAACAAAUGAGUUGAGAUUCCACAAAGGUUUGGAUCGGCGGUGAAUCUGGUAGAACAUAGUGUGUUACCGACUUCAUCAAACUCACUGUCAAGAUUCAACACCGCAAGUAGUUACAAAUUCAGGCUCACUUUUCAAUGAUGGCUAUAUAAAGGAGAAAGAAAAAUGUUGUUGUUGUUGAUGUAUAUAAUAUAUGUAUGUUCAAUAAACUGCUAGUAGGCUGAGAAAAUAGGGAUAGAUAAGUUCUCAAAGUCCAAUUUUGUGUAAGCUGAGAAAAUAAAUAAAUAAAUGAAGAAUAAAAGUCAAUCUUGUUGACUGAAAACAGAACCAAACCAAACCGUUACACCCCUAAAUAUGAGGAGUAUAUAUAAUUUUUGAAAAGCAAUUUGGCCUCUCCAUGAUUUGUAUAGGACAUUGAACUGUAUUUAUGUGUUGAGUUUAGGUGAUAUUUUGAAGAGUGUAUUGAA